AUGGCACAAUCUUUUAUCACUACAAUCGCCUUUCUAACUUUAACUGUUGGAGCAGCCGAGCAUCAUAUACUUUUUCCAAAUCAAGAGCUUGUUCUUGGGCAAACUCUAGUUUCUCAAAACCAAGUUUUUGAAAUUGGCUUUUUUUCACCUGGAAAAUCCUUGAAAAGAUUUUUGGGAAUAUGGUACAAGUGCACACCAGAUGUUGUAGUCUGGGUUGCAAAUAGAAACCAUCCCAUCUCUCCCUCAGAAGCACCGGUGUUGAUGAUUUCCCGAAAUACAAAUCUUGUUAUUAUCAGUGGCAAAAGCAUUAUCUGGUUGGCAAAUUCAUCAAGGGUGGCAUCAAAUCCAGUUUUACAAAUCCUGGAUUCUGGAAAUUUAGUUCUUGUAGACAACAUGAGCACAACACAAGGCUAUGCAUGGCAGAGUUUUGAUUAUCCAACUGACACCAUGUUGCCAGGAAUGAUGAUGGUGGACGACAAUGAUAGCGAUGUCGAAAAGUAUAUGAUGUCGUGGACAAGUCCGGAUGAUCCUUCUCCAGGUGAUUUUGUUUAUAAGAUCCAAAAACCAGGGCUUGGCUGA